AUGUCCAACCCUGAGCUGCUGGCCCAGAUUAUGGACAGCCCCUUGGUCCAGGGCAUGCUGUCCAACCCAGACACGAUGAGACAGCUCAUCAUGGCCAACCCCCAGAUGCAGCAGCUGCUGCAGCGCAACCCCAACAUCUCCCACCUGCUCAACAACCCUGACGUUAUGAGACAGGUAGGCGUGUGUUGUUAUACCUUUUGAACCUUCUCUCUCUCUUCCCUCUGUCCUUGUUCUCUCAUUCUCCUAUUCUUUUCUUGUCCUUCAGACCCUGGAGAUAGCACGGAACCCGACCAUGAUGCAGGAAAUGUUGCGCAACCAGGACAGGGCACUUAGCAACCUUGAGAGCAUCCCUGGUGGCAACAAUGUCCUCCGCAGGAUGUACACUGAUGUUCAGGGACCCAUGCUCAAUGCUGCUGAUCAGGAACAGGUAGGUACACACGCACAGAUCCUGAUGUAACUUUACAGUGUAACGUUAACAUUUAAUGCCAAUCAUUGACCAGGACAAGUAAAAGUAAACUGGUUGGAGGUAAAUUAACUAACUGGUAUGCUGGUGUAUGUUUAGCUGGAUUGUAACCCUCUCUGGCUUAGAUUGCAGGAAACCCUUUUGCUUCUCUGAUGACCUCGUCGUCAGGGGAAACCCAGUCACCCCGGGUAGAGAACAGAGACCCCCUCCCCAACCCCUGGGUUCCUCCUGCUUCCACAGACACCCUUGUAGGCACCGCCACACCCACCACUUCCCCCACCCAAUCCAGCAAUGGCCCUCAGACCACCCUGCACAACCUGGGAGGUAGAACAUCUAACAGUGGUACACACACGCACUCACAUUUAUACAUGUUUAUGCUCACACAUAGGUCAAUGGAGCAGAAUGUUCUGUUUUCUCUUUUCAAAACUGAUUGAAUGGCUAUUCUUACCGUUUAUUCACCUGGAACUUACCGCAUGUGAAAUAAAUUACACAUAAACUAAAAUCACUUGCCUGCAACCAAAUUCAUUUGAAUUUUGAAUAAUUUAGUCCAGACCAUUUUUUUGUUAAACUUUGAAGUGAAAAAUAGCAAUUUGUGCAGUUGUAAAUCAAACAAAUUUACAUUUUAGUCAUUUAGCAGACGCUCUUAUCCAGGGCGACUUACAGGAGCAAUUAGGGUUAAGUGCCUUGCUCAAGGGCACAUCGACAGAUUUUUCACCUAGUCGGCUCGGGGAUUAGAACCAGCGACCUUUCGGUUACUGGCACAACGCUCUUAACCACUAAGCUACCUGCCGCUGGUAGUGAACACCAAUCGUUUUUUUCAAUUUCAACGUAUGUUUUAAGAAAUAGUGAAUCGUGCAAGGGUGCCAACAUACUUGACCGCAACUGUAGGCUUACAAAUUCAUUAAUAAGCCCUCCUGUAUCCCCCAAUGAUGAUUGUGUGGGUAUAGCGGGUAUGUUCAAUAGUCCGGGCAUGCAGAGUCUUCUGCAGCAGAUCACUGAGAACGCCACGCUGAUGCACAACAUGCUGUCAGCCCCCUACAUAAGGAGCCUACUCAACAGCCUGAGCCAGAACCCUGACCUUGCAGCACAGGUACAUACACACACACACAGUACACACACACACACACACACACACACACACACACACACACACACACACAGUACACAUGCACACACACCUCUAAUGUCCCUGAAUGUUUUAGAUGAUGCUGAACAACCCACUGUUUUCUGGGAACCCCCAACUGCAGCAGCAAAUGAGACAACAACUCCCAGUGUUCCUCCAACAGGUCAGAGACCUUAGAACACCAAGUGGUGCUGGGAUUGGUCCUCUGACCGCUGUGAGAGUCUUUCUGAUUGGUGUUUCCUCAGAUGCAGAACCCUGAGAUGCUGUCAGCCAUGUUCAACCCCAGGGCCAUGCAGGCGCUGCUGCAGAUCCAACAGGGACUGCAGAUCCUUGCCACUGAGGCACCUGGAUUCAUACCUGGGUAUAUACACCACAUCCUCUUCCUUCAACUACAUACCUCAGUACACCAGUUCUCCAUACCUCCACAUGCAUUUAUACAGAACGUCCAUACAUCAACAUACACCUUCACUUUUCACCUCAAUAGACCUCUACCUACAGUACGUCUUUAAGCGUCCUAUAUUUUGUAUUUUGUACUCCACCCACAUAGUUCCUGUAGCAAUGUAGUGUUGAGCUGUGGUCGGCUGACGCCAUGAUGCCUGUCAUUCCUAUAGGGUUGGACUGGGAGGCGCUGUCUCAGGUCUUAACCCUGCCCCUGGGUUGUCAUCAGACCCCGCCCCUAGUGACCUCAGCAGUGAGUCCCAGGUAGUCACGGAAACGGGUCAGCGGCAACAACAACAAUUUGUGCAUCAGAUGCUAGACGCUCUCGCUAGCACCAAUCAGCAGGUUCGCCCCAGGAUUGAUCUGCAUUAUUCUCCCAAAACCUGACCCUGUUUUACUUCAAGCCUCUCAAAGUGGUGUGCAUGUCCCAAUCCCUAAUCAACCUUUAAGCCUUAUGUCCUAUCACGCAUUUAGGGGUUGGUUUGGGAUUGGGCCUAUGUUGUGUCAGCAGGGUGGGGAGAAGAGCAUUAAACACAUUACCAUCAUCACAAAUGGAAGACAAAGUACUGUACCAUUGUGUGCUUUGUGUGCAGGCUCAGACUGAAGAGCUGCCGUUCCAGCAGCAGCUGGAGCAGCUGAGUACCAUGGGCUUCCUCAACCCAGAGGCCAACCUGCAGGCCCUCAUCGCUACCGGGGGAGACGUCAACGCUGCC